GUUCCUUACCGAAAUUCCUACACGCCAAGAGAACCGCAAUUCCGCAAUCAACAGACGAAUACUCGACGAACGAGCAGCAACAUACAGUUUCGUUAACUACAUUGGCUGAUUGUGGCCCUUUCACCAUGUCUGAAGUCAGACCUGGCGGCGAUAGUUCUGACUCCAUAGCUGAGAUGACCAAACCACAGAAUCUUCAAAAUCCAGAUUCGAAUGCCGAAAGCUUACGACAAUCAUAUGCGGAUAAGCAUUUGCUGAAGCAAUUUGAUGCUAAUGCACGUAUUUCGGAUAAUGAGCAAAGUAUGAAGUCUCUUCGGCAGUAUCCCAUAUACAACCCCGAGACAGUAAAAGAUAGUGAAGCUGUUCAAAGUAGCACGGACGUGAAUGCAGGAUUUGCUGCGAAAGUGCAUAUUAGGCAGCUUUUUGUCGGAAACCUGCCCUUCCGAGUAAGAUGGCAAGACCUCAAAGAUAUGUUUAAAAAGGCUGGAGAAGUCGUUCGUGCCGACGUUGCGAUAGGCUUCGAUAAUAGAUCGAAGGGUCAUGGAACGGUGCUAUUUGCGAGUGUUGAAGAUGCUCGACAAGCUGCUGAGAUGUUCCACAACUAUACAUGGCAAGGACGUAUUCUAGAAGUACGAGAGGAUCGUGGCUAUAUCGAUAAUGAAAUUCGCAGCGUUAACUAUGGAAAUACAACACAUGGCCAUGGAAACAACCACACAAAAGCUACUCAUUCCAACACUGUCUCAAUGAACCCCCAAUACUAUAGUAAUAUGUAUGCGAACCAGAGUCGACUUCCACCCAUAAACCUUCCGAAUGGGAGACAGUUGUUCGUGGGAAAUAUUCCUUUUAACUGUCAAUGGCAGGAUUUGAAAGAUUUGUUUCGUAACGCAGGAAAUAUUCUGAGGGCUGAUAUAGCGCAAGGUCAAGAUGGGCGGAGUCGAGGUUUUGGUACUGUAUUAUAUGCUACACCAGAAGAUGCUAGGAAUGCAGUUGGUAAGUUCAAUAUAUUACUAUGAAAAAUGAGCUAUACCUGAUCUGAGCCAUAUCUCCACCAAAGCAAUCUACGAUGGCUACGAAUAUCAAGGAAGGAGACUACGAGUG